UUUCGUCUGUCUCUCGUUGUGGUUGUCGGUUCGUUUUCAGUUUUUUUGUUUUCGUUUUGUAUUUUUGUUUUAAAUAUAUAUAUAUAUAAAUAUAUACAUAUAUUCAAACAAAUAUAUAAUUAGUAUAUUUAAUUAAUUUAUAAUAUAGUAUAUAUCAGUCCUAUUUUUAAUUUAAUUUGAAAAAAAUUAUUGUAGUCUUAUUCAUUUUACCUUAAAAUUUAUAAGCCUAUCGAGAUCUCUAACAAUAUUUUGUGUUUACUGUUUACUGUUAUAGUUCCUUACUGACCGCAACCAAUCGUGCCAACUCCUAGACGUAUACAACAAAAGCCAAAAAUGUUUUCAAACAUAUCGAGUUGGUUUUACGGAAGUGCUCCAGCUGAAAAAACUGCCGAAGUAUCUGAGCCAUGCCCAGAUGCUUUAAUUGAAAUUGACGAAAAUUUUGAACCAAUCGAAGUGGACGAAUCUGAUGAUUGGGUUAUUCUAGGUAAAGGUGAUUCCGAAGUGGAUGUUAAAAAGACUGAUGAUGAAGGGAUGACUGUUGAACGACACAGCCGAUCAUCUUCAUCUUGCCAAAAUGAAGAAGGAUGGUUUGUUACUCCUCCUCCAUGUUUUACUUCGGUUGGACCAUCAGACAUGGAGACUACUCCCUUGGAAAAUCUUCUAAUUGAGCAUCCUAGUAUGUCUGUUUACCAUAGUCCAACUGUAAGUUCAGUGUUACCAGAAAAAAGAACUCUUGCAUCGAUUUCUAGCAAUAAUGAGUCAUUUGAUGAUGACACACCAAUUGUUUUUGAAUCAGUGAAAAGCAGAAAUCGUUUACCAAGACAACAUAAAAAGAAGACCUUGAAGAAGUCUGUUCCCUUAGAUGAAUUUAAAGUUUCCCCAGAAAUAAUUUUGGGAAAUGUUCCAACAGUAAAUGCACCUAUCAUUGUUGAAGCUAAAAAACUAAAUCGUUCAAAUUUAGAAAUGUUCCCUGUAUUAAGUGCUGUAUCUAAACCUAAGGUAUCUUCUCAGAAAGUGGUUCGCAGUUACAAAGAAGUAGCUGCUUCAUUGAAACGCAGACAACCUAAAAACGAAAUUUCUCAAACUAAUAAACAUGUAAAAGUUGAAACUGAAAUCACAACUAUAAAUAAACCAAAAGUAUUGACAUCUACUACAGAAAUUGAGACACCUGUACAAGUUAUAACAACUCCUAAAAUAGUAUUAAAGAAAAGCCGUAAACCCCCAAGUUCAUUGCCUCAUUUAGUUAAAAAUGAGGCAAAGAAAAUUCCAAAAGAAAUUGUUCCUAAAAUGCGCGCUCAAGAGCGUUUAGUUAGAUUAAGUUCCUUCAGUGUCAUUCAAUCAACAGAUUUGCCAAAUAAUGAAAAAUCAUCAAAGAAAAAUGUUGCUAAAUUUGUUAAUGGAGAACAAUAUGCCAUUAACGAUGAAAAUAUAAAAUCUACUGUAGUAGUACCUAAACCUGUUGUUAUUGGUUGUGAAGAAAAGAAAAAAAGGAAAGUACAAAGAAAAAAUAUUAUUAAACCAACUAAAAAUGAAAAGGUUGAAGAAUCUACAACCAAUCUGGCAAUUACCUGCAAUCCUCAAACAGUAGUAGAACGACCUAAGUGUGAAAUUACAGAAAAAAGGGAUCAAAAAUCUCCAGUGAAGAAAGAAAAUAUCAUAAUACCAUUAACAACAUCUAUAGCAUUGAACUCUCUAGUCUCACGUCCCGAAGAAAAUGCUUAUAAACAUGAGUUACUUAAAAGAGAGCUAGCAAUGAUUGCUGGCACAACUAAAGCUCAAAAAUUACAAGCUCAUAGAGAGACACGGAUUUUAUGUCGCAAUCAACUGGCACACAUCAAUCGUGUGAAUUUAAUGCUAAGUGCCAGUAAUAAAAGACUGAGGAGGGCCGAUAAGAAUAUGCGACCAUCGGGUGCUAACAACAAUCGCAAAUGCUGUUAAUUUUAUUAACAUAUAAACAGCUAUGUCUUUGUCUUAAUAACAUACUGGCUACAAAAAUAUUCAGUUAAAGAUAGUCUCUAUUAUUUAAAUAAAUAUUUAUGUUUAAUCAUAGGGUCAGUGGGAUUAAAAAAAUAUAUAAAAUAAUUUUAACAAAAUUAAAAAAAGUUAAAAAUUGAAAAAGAAAAAAAAAGUGUGAUUGUUUAAAUAUAUUUUAAUUAAUAUAAUCCAUUUAUUUUUAAUAAUACUGACACUUAUAUUAUUUCUUAAAUUACAAUCAGUCAUAAUAAUAUUUAAAACAUCUAGUUCAUUUUUCUUCUAAUUAUUUUGUUGCUAUUGCCUGUUUAUAAAACUGCUAUACAUAAGCACUGAUAAUUACUAAUUACUAAUUUGUUCUUGGAACAAAGUAGUAUUGAAUAUGAAGAAGUAAUUUUGAGUAUCAUCAACUAUUAACUUAUACAGACAUGUAUAAAGUAAAAUAUUCUAAUAUUAUUAGUUACCACUCAGUAAAUGAACUGUAAUAUUUGACCAGUAUCAUGUAUAUCCUCCAUACAUAAAAAUAAAAGAUUGUUUUUGUUAUUAAAUUGUACCUGAUAUAAAUAAAUAUCUUUUAAGCAGAAAUGGUUGAAAAUGUGUUUUUGUGUGCAUUUAUUUUGUAGACAAUUUAACACUUAAACAAGUUCUUUUAAACAUUAUUUACUACAAAAUUAAUAAAUGUAGAUAUAUUCUAAAAAUGUAAGUAACCAUGACUCGCUAUAUCAACUAUUCUGGUCGAUAUGGUGGCUAAACAUUCAAUCAUUGUGUAAAUAAUAAAUUUUAAUUUAUUUUAUUUUUGAUUUACUAUUAAUGUAUUUUAAAAAAUAA